GUGCAGGCCGCGGGGGCACCGAGGGCGCGGGCCCGAGCCCCGCACCAUGGCCGGGGCCAUCGCCUCCCGCAUGAGCUUCAGCUCGCUCAAGAGGAAGCAGCCCAAGACGUUCACCGUGCGGAUCGUCACCAUGGACGCCGAGAUGGAGUUCAACUGCGAGAUGAAGUGGAAAGGGAAGGACCUGUUUGAUUUGGUGUGUCGGACCCUGGGGCUUCGGGAAACCUGGUUCUUUGGACUGCAGUACACAAUCAAGGACACUGUGGCCUGGCUCAAAAUGGACAAGAAGGUGUUGGAUCACGAUGUUUCAAAGGAGGAGCCAGUGACAUUUCACUUUCUGGCCAAGUUUUAUCCAGAGAAUGCCGAGGAGGAGCUGGUUCAGGAGAUCACACAGCAUCUGUUCUUCUUGCAGGUAAAGAAACAGAUUUUAGAUGAAAAGAUCUACUGCCCUCCCGAGGCUUCUGUGCUCCUGGCUUCUUACGCGGUCCAGGCCAAGUACGGUGACUAUGACCCCUCUGUUCACAAGCGGGGAUUUUUGGCCCAGGAGGAGUUGCUUCCAAAAAGGGUAAUAAAUCUGUAUCAAAUGACUCCAGAAAUGUGGGAGGAGAGAAUUACUGCGUGGUAUGCAGAGCACCGAGGCCGGGCCAGGGACGAGGCGGAAAUGGAAUAUUUGAAGAUCGCUCAGGACCUGGAGAUGUACGGUGUGAACUACUUUGCAAUCCGGAAUAAAAAGGGCACAGAGCUGCUGCUUGGAGUGGACGCUCUAGGCCUUCACAUCUAUGACCCCGAAAACAGACUGACCGCCAAGAUCUCCUUCCCCUGGAACGAAAUCCGCAACAUCUCGUACAGCGACAAGGAGUUUACUAUUAAACCACUGGAUAAAAAAAUUGACGUCUUCAAAUUUAACUCCUCCAAGCUUCGUGUUAAUAAACUGAUUCUCCAGCUCUGUAUCGGAAACCACGACCUGUUUAUGAGGAGGAGGAAGGCUGAUUCUUUGGAGGUUCAGCAGAUGAAAGCCCAGGCCAGGGAGGAGAAGGCUAGAAAGCAGAUGGAGCGGCAGCGCCUGGCCCGAGAGAAGCAGAUGAGAGAGGAGGCAGAACGCACGAGGGACGAGCUGGAGAGGAGGCUGCUACAGAUGAAAGAGGAAGCAACGAUGGCCAACGAAGCUCUGAUGCGGUCGGAGGAGACGGCCGACCUAUUGGCAGAGAAGGCCCAAAUCACCGAAGAAGAGGCAAAGCUGUUGGCUCAGAAGGCUGCCGAGGCUGAGCAGGAAAUGCAGCGAAUCAAGGCCACAGCCAUUCGAACUGAGGAAGAGAAGCGCCUGAUGGAGCAGAAGGUGCUGGAAGCAGAGGUGCUGGCCCUGAAGAUGGCUGAGGAGUCCGAGAGGAGGGCCAAGGAGGCCGAUCAGCUGAAACAGGACCUGCAGGAGGCCCGAGAGGCUGAGCGGAGAGCCAAACAGAAGCUCCUGGAAAUCACUACCAAGCCUGCCUACCCGCCCAUGAACCCACUUCCGGCCCCACUGCCUCCUGACAUACCAAGCUUCAGCCUCAUUGGGGACAGCCUGCCCUUUGACUUCAAGGACACUGACAUGAAGCGGCUUUCCAUGGAGAUAGAGAAAGAAAAAGUGGAGUACAUGGAGAAGAGCAAGCACCUGCAGGAGCAACUCAACGAGCUCAAGACGGAGAUCGAGGCCUUAAAGCUGAAGGAGAGGGAGACGGCGCUGGACAUCCUGCACAACGAGCACGCCGACAGGGGCGGCACCAGCAGCAAGCACAACACCAUCAAAAAGCCUCAAGUCCAAGGCAGAAGACCUAUCUGCAUUUGAGCCCUCAAACUCACCCUGCAGAGCGCCAAGUCCCGAGUGGCCUUCUUUGAAGAGCUCUAGCAGGGGAUUCGCCACCCAGGACCUGCCGCUGUGGCACCAGUGGGACGGGCCAGCCACCCUGGGGACCUGCCAUAGGUGGGCUUGCGGUGGCUUCCACAGAAGCUCUAGAACUUUCUCUGGCUACGUGCAGAGCCAACCCCCUUCAUGUGCAAUUGCCUUGAACUGAGACCUGCCGGGAUUUCUCUCGUGGGGUUCUAGUUCUCCUGACUUGAGUCGUUGCUUUUUUUAAAGGACUGCUUGUCUCUCCUCUUCGAUGUGUGAUCUUACGCUUUCAUUGUCAAGGACACCGUGGUGUGUGUCUGACUUGCCGGUUCCUGGCCCACUGAGAAAAGGGCGCAGGGAGUGAGGUGCCCAGGGCUCUGGGCUGCCCAUCUCUGUGGACAGGGGCUGCCACACCGUGCAGAAGCAGGGCGUGCUGGGCCUGCCAGCCACACAGCCACGGCGGCAGUGAGGGAGCAGUCCCUGAGCCCGGCACCCUGAGGAAGUCCUUGCUGCCCGCUGGGGGACGGGAAAGACAGCUGCAUGUGGGGGAAGAGUUUCGGCAGAACAUGUGAAGAGGGGCUCACUGCCAGCAGAGAAGCUUAGGUGCCGCUGGGAGAGCUGCUCGGUGGGGAUCUGCCCCUCACAAAACGUGCCCGCCUUUCCCUUGCCCUCGACCAGCCUCUCGGGGUUUUUCCGGGCCCUCGGUCUGUGGCAGCUGGUGGCCCCGCAGCCCCCUGGCCAGGCUGCUCUCCGACUCCAGACUGGACAUCCUCUCCAAGCUGGUCCAAUCACCUGGCCAUGGGCCUGCCCCUUGUGCUCCCUUGGUCACACUGGGCGAUUGCCCUUGUCCCUCACUUACUGCCAAGUGCCAUCCUGUUAGCUCCGCCCCGGGGUUUCCUGGCUGUCAUCCCUGAGGGCACAGAGCACCAGGUCUUUCUCCCACACAGCUGCAUGGUGCAGGCCGACCAACAGCCUCUCCCUUCGCGGCUGAGUGCUUAGUCAUCUGCACCACCAGGGCUCCCUGGACUUUCCCCCAUAGGGCCCCUCCCUUCGAGAUUCAGGAGCAUGGUGUCCACUCAACCAGAGCUGGUCAGACCCCUCCACCUGGCUGCUGUGCCGGGCAGGUGCCAAGGCUUAAUCAGCGGAAAGAAGCUUACAGGGUGAAGGCCUAUGGGGUGUGGCAGUCUCUUAAGAGAAAACGGGGGUCUCUGGUCCUUCUGUUUGGGUAUGCGGUGCUCGUGGAGAGCCCCCUUCGACCCAGCAGCCUGGGUCACCCUCCACCCCCAGACACGGAGCAGGGCUCUGCAUGUGGAGCGUGAGUCUGAACGGGCUCCCGGAGCUUCCCUCUUCCUCAGGAGCUGAAGCCCAGGAGGCUGUGAGGUGUGAGACCUGGCGGCCUCUCCUCAAGCUGAACACCUAUACCUGCAUUUCUACUGCGAGUGACUUCCCUCCUGGCCUGUAAAUGUAAUUCUAACUGGCUUCGGGGCACAGACACACGGUAGGGUUUGUAAAAACAUUGUCGGGCUUUACUUUUAUAUAACUGCGAUGUGUGUGUGUGUGUGUGUGUGUGUGUGUGUGUGUCUGAAGUGGAGAAAGGCCAAGCGCCAGGCCCCCAGGGUGCCGGCUGGUGUCUGACCUGUGCAGAAGGGCCCUCGGGCCGGAGCCCACGCCCACGCCCCCAGGUAGGGGGCUUGAUGACAGAACCAGCUCUGCUGGCCCUGGAAAGAUGGGGGCCCGGUGGGUGAAGCGUGGAGAGAGAGGGGAGCUUGGUUUUCAGAGACGUGACCUGUGACCGGGGGGACUGUUCUCUUUAAGUGAGCUUGUUGAGGGCAUCCGAGCCUGCCCAGAAAGUGGGCUCAGGAGUGCCCUGGCCGUGAGGGUUCUGGUGGCGCCAGUCAGAAAACUUGGAGAAGUUGCGGCCCCAUCACACUGCGCCGGAGGCCGCCUCCGCUGCCUCCUCCUUCCUGAUGGAGCCUCUCACAGCCACGCCACAGCCACUGCGGUCACCCACGUUCCUGCCAGACGGCGCCCAGGCAGGACACACCUGGUUUGGUAAUCUUAGGGGCAGCCUUCUCUCUCCCUCCCCCCCUCUCUCAGUCAAAGCAGCCAGUCCAGAGUCUGACAGCAAGUCCCCCAUGGUGACCACGAGUUCCUGCUGAGGGGCUGGAGCCUGGAAGCCCCUGAAGACAACCCUGGUGGGGUGUCGGCUCCCCUGCUGUUUCCCCCACCCCCCAGGGCCAAGCACGGGCUUGCCUGGGCUGCUUGGGGGACUCGGGUUUCAAAGAUGUCACAUGGUACUCCUUGGGGGGGGGGGGGGCCUGGGCCCACCCGCCCCGUCAGGACUGACCAUGGAGGCUCUUUUCUACCCUGGGAACUGUUGUAAUUUAAACGAUGGUUUUAAUAAAAGUUGUAAGCUGUAAAAAGUCCA